GGGAAGUACAAGCGCAUUGAGGAAAUGGCGAUGGAUACAGCGUACUGCAAGCUGACGGAAGUGCUCUUCCCGGGCAAACUACCGCUCAAAAAAGUGAAACUGGUUUCGAGCAGAGAAAAUGACUGGAUUGUCUUCAACUGGAUUAUUCUGUGA